GAUCGGAGUUAGACUUGACACGGACGGCUCAGACACAGGCUACUACUACUACUACUACUACUACUACUACUACUACUACUUAUGCUCGCUGAGACGUCGUUUCACACACUGUCGGGACGAAUGAAGACUGAAGGAUAUAUACGGAUUUCGGCGCAUAAUGUUGGGAUGGAGUUUCGCGACUUGUUUGGCUCCAGGGAAGACUAGAAGCAGUUCUCCCGACUUGUCGCCGGCGCUGCUGGAUGCGCUCCUCUUCUAUGUUGGAUUACCGUCGCCUUUGCUGAACUCGCACCGACUCUCCGCCGCUUCGCUCCGCACCCCGCUCGCCCUCAGACUCGGACCAUGGCCUCGGAUCACGGGGUCCCGGGGGCCGGCGUCUUUGGAGAUUUACCCCCGAGUUAUGCGCGCUCUCAGCCACCCGCGAACCCAGACCUUCUCCGGAGACCCAGCUACUGCCACGCUGCUUUCGCACUUAAACAGAUCUCUAAGGGUAAGGCGGUAGGUCAGAAAGCUCCUCUGUGGAUCCGGGCGAGGUUCCAGGCCCUCCUGUUCUCUCUGGGCUGCCACAUCCAGAGGCACUGUGGGAAGGUCCUCUUUAUUGGACUCUUAGUAUUUGGGGCACUGUCUGUGGGGCUCCGAGUUGCAGCCAUCGAGACGGACAUCGAGCAGCUAUGGGUGGAAGCUGGCAGUCGGGUGAGUACAGAGCUUCGCUACACUAAGGAGAAGCAGGGAGAGGAGUCAGUGUUUACCUCACAGAUGCUCAUCCAGACCCCCAAAGAAGAGGGCACCAGUAUUCUUACCCAGGAGGCCUUGCUGGUCCACAUGGAGGCUGCUCUGUCUGCUAGCAAGGUCCAGGUGUCACUGUUUGGAAAAUCAUGGGAUCUUAACAAAAUAUGCUAUAAAUCAGGAGUUCCUAUUAUUGAAAAUGUCAUGAUUGAAAGGAUGAUUGACAAGCUAUUUCCCUGUAUGAUAAUCACCCCAUUGGACUGUUUUUGGGAAGGGGCCAAACUACAGGGAGGCUCCGCCUAUUUACCGGGUAUGCCGGACAUCCAGUGGAUGAAUCUUGAUCCAGUCAAGCUGAUGGAGGAGCUGAGUCAAUUCACUUCACUGGAAGGAUUUAAGGAGAUGUUGGACAAAGCCCAGGUGGGCCAUGCCUACAUGAACAGGUCUUGUCUGGACCCCUCAGACCCCGACUGCCCUCUUAGUGCCCCCAACAAAGACAAAGGAGAGAGUCCUGACAUUGCCAGGCGUCUCCAGGGUGGUUGCCACGGUUUCAGCCGGAAGUUCAUGCACUGGCAGGAGGAGCUGAUCCUCGGAGGGCUGGUCAAAAGCAGCCAGGACACUUUGCUGAGUGCGGAGGCCCUCCAGACCAUGUUCCUGUUGAUGAGUCCGAAGCAGCUGUACGAGCACUUUAAAGAUGAUUACGAGAUCCACGACAUCAACUGGAACGAAGAGAAGGCCACCGCCAUCCUCGAGUCCUGGCAGAGGAAGUUUGUGGAGGUCGUCCAUCAGAGCAUCCCACCUAACUCCAGCCAGUCCAUCCACGCUUUCUCCACCACCACCCUCAACGACAUCAUGAAAUCCUUCUCUGAUGUCAGCGUCAUCAGGGUGGCUGGAGGAUACCUGCUCAUGCUUGCCUACGCCUGCGUGACCAUGCUAAGGUGGGACUGUGCUAAGUCCCAGGGGGCCGUGGGGCUGGCCGGGGUACUGCUGGUGGCCCUGUCAGUGGCCGCGGGGCUGGGUCUCUGCUCUCUGCUUGGCCUUUCCUUCAAUGCAGCCACCACACAGGUGCUUCCCUUCCUGGCACUAGGCAUCGGUGUAGAUGACAUGUUUCUGUUGGCUCACUCCUUUACAGAAAGUGGAACUAACAUCCCAUUCAAGGAGCGGACAGGCGACUGUUUACGUCGCACCGGCACCAGCGUGGCUCUGACUUCCAUCAACAACAUGAUUGCGUUCUUCAUGGCUGCCCUUGUACCCAUCCCUGCUUUGCGAGCUUUCUCCUUGCAGAGCAAAAAGAGUGAUGAAGAGACAGAGGCAGAACAAGAGUGA